AUGGGGAAGUCGUCCAAGAUUCAAGAUCACUCGGGAGACCGGCUGGAGCGUGGCCCCUGCAGGCGAGGCGAAGGAGGCGAGGCCAAGUUCCCGGUGCGCCCCUGCGCCCUUCCAGGCCUUCAAGCCCUCAGCGGGCAGAGUAAGCCCGGGCCGCUCGCAAACAGCAGCAGCAGCAGCAGCGACCUGUCAGGCUUCCUCACUGACGAGGAGGACUGUGCCAGGGUCCAACCGCCAGCUUCGGCCUCGGCGCCGUCCCUCCCGGGCCGCAGGGGCGCACCCGGGAUUCCCGGGGCGUCCGAUACUCCCCAGGCGCAGGACGACGAGCAGGAGCGGCGGCGGCGCAGGGGCCGAGCGCGGGUGCGCUCCGAGGCGCUGCUGCACUCGCUGCGCAGGAGCCGGCGCGUCAAGGCCAACGACCGCGAGCGCAAUCGCAUGCACAACUUGAACGCGGCGCUGGACGCGCUGCGCAGCGUGCUGCCCUCCUUCCCCGACGACACCAAGCUCACCAAGAUCGAGACGCUGCGCUUCGCUUAUAACUACAUCUGGGCUCUGGCGGAGACUCUGCGCCUGGCCGACCAGGGGCUGCCCGGGGGCGGUGCCCGGGAGCGCCUCCUGCCGUCGCAGUGCGCCCCCUGCCUGCCCCGGCCCCCGAGCCCCGCAAAAAACUGCGCCGCCGCCGCCUCGCCACUCUCUGACCCCAGUAGCCCUGCAGCCUCCGAAGACUUCUCUUAUGGCCCCGGCGACCCCCUUUUUUCCUUCCCUGGCCUGCCCAAAGAUUUGCUCCACACGACGCCCUGUUUCAUCCCUUAUCACUAA